AUGCUGCUUGUUGAAGAGCUUUGCAGGUCACGCCGCUUCGUCGAGGAAUUAGAGUUUGUCCUUUGCCUGGCCAGUCCCAGCUACGUGAUGUGGCUGGCUUCGCAGGGCUUUCUGGGUGAUUCCGGCUUCGCGCGCUUCCUCGAGUACCUGCGUUACUGGAGGCGACCGCAGUAUGUGCGCUACAUCACAUACCCGGCAUCCCUGGCCAUGCUGGAUCUACUGUGCGAUCCCGCAGCGCGUGGCCGACUCCAGCGCACAGACGCUGAGAGCUUCUUGAGCAGCAACCUGCUGCACGCAUGGGGCAAAGUCAAAGAGGUUCGCGUGGGGCCACCUGCGCCAGAUCUUGCCAGCGCAGAAGCAGAUGCGGUGCCGAUCGGCGAGCCUGUCGAGCCAGCACCCAAAAGCCCCACGGCUGAUUCUUCUAUCACCGAAGGCAUCUUCUCCAAUGCAGGUAGCACAGGAGGUCCUGCCAAAGCAGAUGCCAAGGCGUGGUUGAGGAAGACCUUAGAGAGGCGAGCAGAAACGAGGGCGCGGCCGAGGCCGAGGACCAUCAGCGAAGAAGCCGAAGCCGUUGCCAGGCCACUGCUUCUGCAGUUCACUGGCUCCGUCGAGAAGAUGGAGCACACAGUGAAGAAGCGCAAACAGACCUGGCAGGACCCACCGGAUGGCUUCAAAGGCGAUCUCGUGGAGGUGAGCUUGCGAAAUCGCCCUCAGAUUGACAAGCAGACGGCAGAGGUCCCGUGCCUGAGCGGCGCCAAGCCUCGGACAGCUUGA